UGGAAAGGGAAGCCCAGGAGAAGUCCUCUGCAGGCUUUAUAUGACGGCGAACAGUUUGAACCCUCGUCGAUCCAAGCUACGCACCAAAAGCGUCGGGAGCUGCUGGCCAGCGCCUGCAAGACAUACACCAGGAAACGCCGCGUCUUGACCGCUGAGGACCUCAAACACCUGGUUGUGGACGACACCCAUGGGUUGAUCUAUUGCUAUGUGCCUAAGGUGGCCUGCACCAACUGGAAGAGGGUCAUGAUGGUCCUUACCGGCCAAGGCAAAUAUAAUGACCCUGCUGUCAUUCCAGCCAACGAGGCCCACAUUGCAUCAAACCUCCGCACUCUCUCAGAGUUCAGCACACCGGAGAUCAAUUACCGCCUGCGGAACUACCUCAAGUUCAUCUUCGUAAGGGAGCCUUUUGAGAGGCUGGUUUCGGCCUACAGGAACAAGUUUACCCGGACGUACAAUACGGCCUUUCACAAGCGGUACGGCACCAAGAUCAUAGAGCGCCAUCGUAGGGAUCCUUCACUUGAGGCACUUGAGCGGGGGAAUGAUGUCACUUUUGAAGAGUUCCUCUAUUACCUGGUUGACCCCCAAACUCAAAGAGAGGAGCCAUUUAAUGAGCACUGGGAACGGGUCCAUUCCUUGUGCCACCCAUGCAUCGUCCAGUAUGACGUGAUAGGAAAGUACGAAACUUUGGAGGAGGAUGCUAGAUAUCUUCUUCAGCUCAUUGGUGUAGGUGACUCCAUAAAGUUUCCAUCUUCUUCCAAAACCACACGGACCACCGAUGGUAUGACGGCACAGUUCUUCAAAGGCAUCAACCGCUUCUACCAACGCCGUCUUUUCAACUUGUACAAGAUGGACUUUCUACUCUUCAACUACAGCAUUCCGCAUUACUUGCAGAUACAUUGA